AUGGCGAAGUAUCUUUUGAAUUCCAAGUACUCUCACAAGCUUCUUGGGUGUGACAUCAAAGAUGAUGCCAGCUGGAAAGCCGAAGUCCUGGGUUUUUGGGAAAAGUUCCGAGCUGUUGAUGGUGGUCACGCGGUCUUCCUUGACCAUGCAGAUCCUGAGGAGUUGUGUCGCUGCUUGCCAUGCCUCAUGCAUGGAGAUGAGGGUGUAGGGCAUCGGAGAAAACCUGUUCUCCAGUUGCUUUGGGGACCUCUUCUGAGGGUUGGUUUGGGUGCAACUGAUAGGUUGUUCCUUGUCACCACGUGCCCUCACAAGUACUACUCAGGCUACAAUGAAGGCACUGCUGCUGGGAAUCAGGUGAUUGACAGACUUGUGGCUGAAUGCGCCAGGUCAGCCUGCAAGUCUUACUACCAAGGCAUCCCUACGAGGUUUGGCACCUUCAGACUGGUGUUUUUGGGCUUGGCCGGUGACCACCCAUUUCAAACCAAAGUUUGUGGCAGUUUGAGAAGCCAUCUCCGAACUGAGAUUUGCCCUUGGUGUCAUGCCAACACCUCCAACAUUCCAUUUGAAGAUUUUGCGCGGAGUGCUGCUUGGAGAAGAACCGUUUUUCAAUCAGUUCCCUGGAAGUCCAGCUCGCCUUUUGCAAUUCUGCCUGGAGGAAGCCACCCAUCAUUCAUCAAAUGGGAUCUUAUGCACAUGGUGCCCCAUGGCUGUGCGCGCAAUUUUUGCGCAUCUGUGGUAUGCAUGUUGUGUGGGCCUCUGGGAUUGAUUUCGCCCAUGCCGGGACCUGGCCUUAGAAAAGACCGGUGCUUGGAAGCUGCUACCCGUUUGAUGGAUUCUUGGUUGAUUGGCGUUGGCAAGAGCAUGAGGGAUCUGAAAGAGCUCACACCAGAGAACCUCCAAUGGAAGUUGAACCGUGACUUUCCUGACAGCAGUUGCAAGGCCAGCGAUUGCAUUCUGUUGGCACAAUGGCUGCUAGACCUCAUUGGCACCAUGCCAUGGCAGAUGACUGAGCCACUGCAGAUGGCUUAUGAAGGCCUACAGGGCUUGGACAACUUUCAGCGCUUGUGCUACACAGGCGACAGACU